AUCAGAAUGAGUGAGCAGUAAGACAUAGAAACGGGUAAAUAAUAAUAAUAAUACAACCAUACACAUCUUUCCAAGCACUUGGGGAAACAAAGGAACUAAGUCAAUGUGAGCAGUAAAACAAAAUAUGAAUAAAUCAAACGCAUCCAAACACCUACAAAAGGAGUAAGUCAAUGUCAGUAGUAAACCAAAACAUGAAUAAAUCAAUGUACAUAUGAGCAAUAAGCAUGUAUGAACAAUAAGGAUGAUAAAACAAACAAUACAAUGUGAUAAUGCUACCUAUCUAUCUUGAUGUUUAGCCUCAUUACAUUCCUAUCUUUCUAUCUAAGGUCAUGUCUUAGGAAAGAACAAAAUCCUACAUGUCAAUCCUCAUGCCAUCUUCUCAAUUCUUUUUAGGAUGUCAUCUCCUCCUUUUACCUUCCAUACCGUUGAUGAUGGUAAUUUUCUUUGGACAUGUCUAUACCACCUCAAUCUUCUGUCCCUCCCUUCAGUGUAUGAUGAUUGUGCCACUUCCAAGGAGUGUCAUAAGAAUGUGAAGCUAUAAGAGGUUUUAUUUAUAUAAUAAUUGUAAAGAUGCUCGUUUUAACUUGUAAAAAUAACAUUCAACUUGAUGUGAUACUAAAGUGUAGGAAGACUAAGUUUGAAUAAAUAUAAAAAUAUUCCGUUAUAAUGGUGGGUCUUUCAAAAUGAGAAAAAAAAAAUAGAAACCGACAAAUAUGGCAAUUUUUCUUAAGUUUAUCAAAAUUUAGCAAAAAGCUAAUAUUUUCCAUGAAUAACCAUGCAUUUCAUAUCGCAUGUACUCUGCAAAAUGCUUAUAGGUAUUGUGAAAUGCCAAAAUGACAUUGUUUUGGCAUUUCGCAACGCCUAUAAACAUUUUGUAUGGUUCUUUACUAAAUGCAAAAUGCAAAAUGUUUAUCCCGUGUGAGAUGUUAGUAUCUUUAAAAAUACAAAUAAACAUAAUAGAAAAAAACCUUAUAUAUGUGAAUAUAAACUAUUACAUAAGAAAAACCGACUUGAAUAAGCCUAUGUUCCUCUUUAGUCUAUACGAGCUCAUAGUGUUCCUUAGUUUUGCAAAAUGUCAGAGAAAAUUUGAGUUUUCAUAGAAAAAUCCACUUAAAUAUAGGGACCACAUCCGACCCAUGACAACCCAUUUUACAGUGGGCAGGCAUAUUUCGCAAUGCACCCUCAAUAUAUUUAUGGACAUUGCGAAAUGCCAAAAACAAUGUAAAUUUAGGCCAAUUUCAAAAGGUGUCCUAUGAAAUACAUGGUUAAAAUGCCAAAAACAAUGUGUAAAUUUAGGCCAAUUUCAAAAGGCGUCUUAUGAAAUACAUGGUUAAAAUGUCAAAAACAAUGUGUCCUAUGAAAUACAUGGUUAUCGGUAGAAAUUUGUUAAUUUUGGCUAGUUUUUUAAAUAAUAAAAAACAAAAAAGGUAGCUAUUGUAUAUAUAUAAACCCCUUAAAUUAGGAAGACAAAUGUAUCAAUAUAACAUAAAAGUUUGUAGGGUUUAAUAAAAAGAGAAGUUUAUUGUUUUCGAGAUGUCUUCAUGUUCACACCCAUCCCUUUUUAUAGGACGGGUGUAAAAUGUAAAUUACUCAAAUUAAAUAUCUAAUCAAUCUCGUGAUUUAGGGUUUAGGGUUUAUAGAAAUUAUGUAUACCAAUGAACUUAACUACUUAAAAUUUCUCAAUAACAUGGUAUGUUUAUAAAAUAUCAUAAAUAUGAUUUAUUAUUUUAUUUAAGAGAUUAUACAUGUGGCAUAAAAAAAAUCCAUUUUCCCAACCUCCAUAUAUUUGUAGGUGGUGCAAAGAUUUUGGCGCUAAAUAACCUCUCAACAUUUUAUUAUCAUUUCUAUUUUGAGCGCCAAAUUCUCUUCAUAACAUUCCCCAUCACCCUCAAUGCUUCCUAAUUUGCCUCAAAAAAAACAAUUUUUGUUGUUGUUAGUGUUGCCUAAUUAUCCCAUUUACCCUUUUGCUCUUUGUCUGGUUUGCUACACAAUUUUCUCUCCAACUUCCCUUCCUCUUCUUCAUUCUCUCUCCCCUCUGUGUGGAUUUUCCGGCGUUAAACUGGAGGGGGAGAGAAAACACGACGGAGUAAAACAAGAGGAAGGAAAGCAGAUCUGACGGACGUCAUUGAUUGGAGAAGAUGUUACAGAAAGCAACAGGCGGCGGGCAUUCGUGGUGGUGGGCUAGUCACAUUCGAACUAAGCAGUCCAAAUGGCUCGAACUAAAUCUCCAAGAUAUGGAUAUGAAGGUGGAUCACGUUCUGAAUUUGAUUCAAAACGAUGGCGAUUCAUUCGCUAGAAGGGCGGAGAUGUAUUAUAGACACCGGCCGGAUGUUAUAAGCUUCAUCGAGGAAACUCUUCGUGCUUAUCGAGCAUUAGCUGAACGAUAUGAUAAAUUAUCGGGCGAUUUGCAGAAAGCAAACACCACCAUUGCUUCAAUUUGUCCGGAAAAAGUCGAUUUAAGCCUCGAUGAAGACGACGAUGAUUUCAACUACGAUUCUCCGAAAACACCUAAACUCAAUCGUCAAAAUCGAAUCAAAAUCCCUAAAUCCCCAAAACCUGUUAACAAAGACGUGAAUCGUGUUCUCAACAAUGCAUCAAAGAUGAUCGAAGCAACAAAGACGAGCGAAGAAAAGGAAAAUCAAAGUCCUCCGAAAUCUGGAUUGACGAAAGACGAUGCUCUCGAAGAGAUUGAUAAUCUUCAAAAGCAAAUCCUCGAGAUGGAAAUGAUGAAGGAUUCCAUGAAGAAUUAUUACGAGAACAGCCUUGCUGAGUACUGGGAUGCGGAAACCCAAAUAAUCGAAAAUCAACAGAGGAUUUGCAGAUUAGAAGAUGAAUAUGAAAUAUGUAAGAAAAUCGAAGAAGACGAUAAAGGUACUUUAAUGGCGGAAGAAGCUUUGAAGUCAUGCCAAGAGACCUUAGCUAUGUUACAAGAUCAUCAAAAGAAAUUGCGCUACGAUGUUAAAUUAGAGCACAAGAGAUUCGAUCAAGCUAAACAAAAACUCAAAUCAAUCAAGCAGAAAUAUAAUUCGGAAUCAGAUCUAGAACAAGAACAAGAACACGAACAAGAAAUCAGAAACGUCUCAAAUCAAAGCUUGGAAGGCGUAUCGAAGAAUCCAGAAAAAAUUACAGAAUUGGCAGAUACGAUUGAUACGCUUGUGAACAUGGUGAUUACUUUAGAAUCCUCGAUUUCAUCCCAAACUGUUCUUGCAGACAUGUUAAGAAAAGAAGCAGAUGAUCUUCAAUCACAAAUUCGAAAAAUGGAAGACGAUAUGAAAACACAAGCUCAAAAAUUUGAAGACGAUCUUCAAACGCAAACUCAAAAAAUGGAAGACGAGCUUCAAACACAGAUUCAAAAAAUGGAAGACGAAUUUCAAACACAGAUUCAAAAAAUGGAAGAUGAUCUACAAACACGAAUUCAAAAAAUAGAAGACGAACUACCAAAAGAAAGUGAUCAUACUUGUGUAUGCAACGAACCAGUUGUUGAAUCAAAAUCAGAAGAAAAGAACAUUGACAUUAGUUGGCAAUCGAUGUUGUUGAAUGGGAUUGAAGACAAAGAUAAGAUCAUUCUAGAAGAGUACAUCACGAUCUUGAGACACUACAAGGAUACUAAGAAGAAAUUGAGUGAAGAACAGAAAAUAAACCAAGGAUUAAAACAGAAGUUGAGACUUGUUCAAGAAAACAUACCUCAUGAAGAUGAGAGUGAGACCACCAUUGAUGAAGAAGCUCAAGCUUUUUCUGCCAUGGAUAUGAUUCUUGAUGAGAAUGUUAACUUCUGGUUGAAAUUCAGCACUGCUUUCCAUCAGGUACACAAAUUCAAAACCCAGAUUGAAGAUCUAAAUGAUGAGAUUAAAAAGGCGAAAUCAAGGUCAGAUAUUAAGUUGAUAUAUAAAAAUCUUAAAGAUAUAAAGAGUAAACUUACAAUAUGGUUGGAGGAAAGUAUUAUGCUAAAAGAUGAAUUAAGGAUGAGAUUCACGUAUUUAUCGAAUAUCGAGGAGGGAAUUAAGUUCAGUAGCCAUGAAGAUGCUGCAAAGUUCCAAGGUGAAAUUAUGAAAAAGAAACAAGAACACAAUGAAAUUAGGAAAGAACUUGAAGCAAGUUUAGAUCAUGUGGUUGCUAUAAAACUUGAGUUGGAGAAGACUUUGGAAAGGGUAGAAAAGGAAUUUGGGCUUUUGAAGAAUCCGAAUCAACAACAGAAGGGGAAAUUAUCUUCCAGCAAGUCGAUAAUACCCUUGAAGUCAUUCCUUUUUGGGGUUAAGUCAAAGACGCAAAAGUCUUCCUUUUUUUCUUGUAUGAGCAGCCCUAAGAAAUCAAGAUCAAAGAAAGGUGGAUGUAUGUCCAUAUAAAUAUAUAAAAACCAUUGUACAAAAAUGUAUCUGAGUUUAAAAAAAUGGAACAUAUAUACAAAGAAAAAAAAAGUGAC